UGUUAGAAAAAUUGAAGUACUACUACACCUACAAUUCAAACUUACAGAUACAUUUAUUUAUAAAUAUUUGAAGGAACCAACAAAAAGUAUAAAAUAUAUAUUAUUGAUUGUUAGACUUCAAUAGUUUUGUAUUGUUAAUUUGAUUUUUAUUUUAAUUCACCCACUCAAGUCAUGAACAAUAAAUUGUCAUCGUAUCUGUGACCGUAAUGAAUAUUUGUGAUGAAUUGUGAAUAAGUAUAUGAAAAUAAAAAAUGUAGCCUAUAUUGAUUACAUAUAUCGCGGAAAUACACAAAUCAGUUUUAAACAAUAAUCUUGAAAAUUACUCUCGACUACAGGCAUCCUUUAUAAUGGAUGUUUUAACAAUGAAAAACAUAUGCCCCGCCGGAAAACAAGCGAUAAUAUGGUUUAUGCUAACCGUUUGUAUAUUUUUCAUAUCAUUCUUUUCUGGAAGCCUUUUAGGAUUCACAUCUGAGAUCUGGGCACUUACUUAUUGGGGUCCCUCAUUAUAUUUCUGUUUGUUGAAUUUUAUUUUAAGAUAUGCCUAUAAAGGAUUUUUAUAUGAGGUGUCAAUACGAGCAGCAUUCCUCGGAGCAGUAUUCACAAUAGGCCUCUAUUUAUCGACAUUUGAAGAUGGCAUUAAGGUUUUCGGUCUCUACACCAUGGUGCUGUCGAUGUUCCAUUUUUCUGAGUUCAUGAGUGUAGCCCUAACAAACCCUAGGACAUUAACAAUUGAUUCAUAUAUAUUGAAUCACAGUGUGCAGUAUGGAGUUGCAGCGGUCACUAGUUGGAUUGAAUGGGCCAUUGAAUAUUAUUUCUUUCCGGGGAUGAAGACUUAUUUCUGGUUGUCAAGCAUAGGUGUAAUAAUGUGUAUAGGAGGAGAAAUAUUAAGAAAAUCAGCUAUGUUCACAGCCAAAACUAACUUCAACCACACAGUACAAUUCGUAAAGAGAGUGGAUCAUCGGCUAGUUACGCACGGGGUGUACUCUCUCUGUAGACAUCCAAGCUAUGUAGGAUGGUUCUAUUGGUCAGUCGGUACUCAGUUUAUCCUCCUGAAUCCUUUUUGCCUGAUCAUCUACACGCUAGCCUCGUGGAUGUUCUUUAGGGAAAGAGUUUAUGCUGAGGAAUUGACACUAUUGACAUUCUUUGGUCCCGCCUAUGAAGUCUACCAAAGCAAAGUCAGUACAGGCCUUCCGUUCAUCCAGGGUUAUGUACCAGAGAACACAGGACAAUUUGUCAAAGAAGACCAUUGGAGUUACUGAGCUAUAUUUAUCUCAAGAUUCUCAUCUCUGAUUUUGACGUCGGCAUCGCGCUUGAUGACCAACGAACAAGUGAUAAAAUUCCAGAUAUCAAUCAAACAACACAUCAAUUUGAAUAGUAAUCAAUUAAUUUAAGUACUUAAUUUAUUUACUUUUAAUGAUAAUAUAUAUAUGAUAAUAUAAUAUAAUAAUAGGUAAUAUAUGAACGAAAUAAAGUACAACAAGAAAUCUAAUAAAUAGCUAAAAGCGAUAAUGUAGAAUAGUCAGUAAUGGAAAGCUUUUUAACAGGAAUAGCAGUGACCUACUGCAACCAAAAGAGAAACCACUGCUUGAUGUAAUAAAUUAAAUAACACUGUGGUAGUUGGAAUAUUCUAAUUUUCAAUGUAUUAUGAUGAAACCAUAGCUUAUAACUAUAGAUUCUCAAGCAAUGUGUGUUCAGUGAAAAAUAUUUCUAAAGUAGCUUAUUUCGCUACAACGCUAAUUAUCCUUACUAUUAAAAUUUUCAACAAGACUUAUCAAGUUCUAAAGUUGUGCUUAUUAUGCUUAUUAUACGAGAAUACUCACACAACGCGGAACUAAUGAUCAUGUUAGCUACGUAACAAAAGUGUAGCGCGAUUCAGAAAACUAGUACCGCCAUCUAUCAAGUGUAAACAAAAAAAAUGUUUUAACAGUCGUGACGGUCCAACGUGCGAUCUCGUUGUGCAAUGAUUUAUAAACUUACUGGGGUAGCAAGGGAGCGUGUAAAUAGCCCCCCUGCGGCGGGAGCAUAUGAAGCGGGGGUAGAAAGGCGUGUAAAUAGCCGUCCUAAGCGGUAUGUGACAAAUCUUCGUCACUUAUAAUUAGCGGAGCGGUAAAACUAUAUUGCGGUAAACAAAAAGCUAGUAACUAAAGCUAAAGAUAGAAAACUAAAUACAUAUAAGCGAGCGGGCGGGCGAAUGAUCACACGGAAGCAGCAAAAAUGGCAAUAAAUUAAAAGAACUUGCACUCACCAUAUAAUUUAUUACCGUCCUAUGUGCUUAGUGCGAGUUUUAUAACGUCCUCGAUCGCGUAAAAGUUAACUUAAAUUUGUAUGGAGUUGGAACAGCGCCCCUAGCGGCCAAUGUAGGGAAGCUGUCCGGCUGCACUAACACAGAAGCUUAUAAAAUGCCCCGGUCAUCAUUCUCGUCGAACCCGUCGCUUGCGACAAAGGGCUCGGCGAGUAAAUUAACACACAUACACAGCCCACUGAGUUUCUCGCCGGAUCUUCUCAGUGGGUCGCGUUUCUGAUCCGGUGGUAGAUUCUGCGCAGCACUGCUCUUGCUAGGGUUCGUGUUAGCAACGUCUUCAGGUUUUAGCCCUUUAAGCUCCCCUACUAGUUAAGGUUACGCUGAAAAAGCCUCUCAAGGCUAUCAGCAUAAUAAUACGUAGGAAAAAAAAUGCAAUAUUUUAUUUGAAAGAAGCCGAGAUUCAAGUUGAGAAUUCUAAAAUGCAAGCUGACAACUUGGGGCACACGAGUCGUAGUCUUAUCCACUCGUCUGAUUUGGUCUAUGAUUUACAAAAUGCACAACUGAACGUAAUGAAAUAAAGUUGAAUAAUAUGAAUCAUAAGAACGUAUUGAAUAAAAUAGAAUUAAAUGAGAUUACAUGAAAUAAUAGUUUCUCAGUAAAACGAUGGGAAUUUACUAAGAGUUUAAUGGACCUUUUGAAAAAACUCAUAAAGAAACGUCCAGCGACUUUGUUUUAUUUUUGUGCCACUCCACAGAUACUAAGCUCUUCAAAGGCAUUAGAUCUGAAGAAGUACUAAACUAACAAAAUUAAAUAUUGGCGUCAAACAAAAUCAAGCUUUACGGAUUUCGCUUGCAAAAGGGUUGUGAUCCAUUUCAUUAUUAUUAAAUGUAUUGUAUUGUAUAUACAUAUGUGUAUAUUGAGAGAUGAAUGGCUAUUUAGUUUAAGCGACAUUUUCGAAAAUUUACAAGAGAGCCAAUUAAUGUUUAAAAUUUGAAAGAAAUAUCAUAACAAAAAAAAUUCUUCAGCUAUUUCAAUGGAGUAAACUUCAUUGAAGUCAAUUUAAAAAAAUCGAACUGUUUAUGCAAAUGCCAAACAAAAUGCACCUUUAAUUACAAAGUGAAAUGUCGCUUAAACCAAAUGGCCUUUCGCCCCUCGAUAAUUAGUAAUCUAAUAGUAAAAUGAAAUGAGCAUUUGUUAAAAAACUUAUAAAAAUAUAUUUCAACGUUAUUAGAUAGGUAAUUUUGUUUUGUAAUGUUUUAACUGUAAAAUAAAGAUAUUUUAUGCUAA